CUGGGUGUCUGCUUUCUUCAUUGUUCAACUUGCUUUCUUCUUCUCUUGUCGGAAACUGGCAGGAUAGCCCAACGGUUGAGAUGUAUAAUGUCGGGCCAUCCCCAUCAUACAUUCGGUCUCUAGUGAGGGAAGGAUGGAGUCAGCCAGAGCCUCCCUUGUAAACCCCUUUGUAUCUCUCUCUAGGAAGACGACCUUUGCUUUCUAAUAGCGAUUCACGUCCGAGGAUCAGCUGUCUUUUUCAUCGCUUCUGUUGAUACACUUUUCUAGAUGGAGGAACCGUGCAGUACUCUCGCCUUACCUGGCCUCCCUUGUUACAAUACCUCUCUGAGGCUCGAUAAUCUCUGCACUGAUGUAUUGUUACUUGUCUUUGAAAAACUUCAUCCCGCCGGCCUAUCAACACUUGCGUGCGUCUGUCGAAGGUUCAACGAUAUUGUGACGCCAAUGAUUUAUCAUGCAGUCCCAUUGGACCUACUCCUUGACGAGCAACAUCCGGAAGAGAUAUUGUCCCGUCGCCAGGAAAAGGCCUUCACAUAUACUCGACAACUUUUCAUCGGAGGUGACAUCAAGCAGGACGACAUCAAGCGUUUCCUGGCCAACACAAAGGAGCUUCAGUCAGUGAAGUACACCUAUUCGCCUGGUCGUAGCGUGGAACCUAUAUGCCCCUGGAAACAAGUCUACGACAUGGAAGCUCACCUGAGGGAGGGCAAUGCAAGGCUCUACAUUGACAACUUCACACUGACGAAUCCAAUCGAUGAAGCUUGGAAAAUUGGAGGUUUUCCACCGAAAACUGACUUCGGCAAGUCUUUGGUCUCUCUCAAGAUGGGCUCUACACAGGUGCUCCAUUCUGAAUCGGCUUUGGACAUUUUGAAGAAGCUUCUUCUGAGAACCCCCAUACUGGAAACAUUCCACUACAUGGGUAGUCGAGCUCCGCGAGUUCCAGGACGACAGUUUAUCUUCGAAGAGAAUCAGCGCUUGCCACCAUUUAAGGACCUCAUGUUGAAAAAUUAUGACUGGAAGCAUGACGCAGGGGAUGUCAAACUGCAUUGGGACUUUUCUCAAAUUUGGUCUCUCGCACUUCUCAUGAUACCUGUCUACAAGUUCCUCGAAUCGGUUCCCUUUUCCGAUCUUGCUCAACUACAACACCUUCAUGUCGAGGAUUACAGCGAGGCCAUCGAACAUGAGAAUUCGAGGCGUGCAACCGAGAAGCUAUACACCCUCAUCAAGGAAGACAUUAAGGCACUGCAGACCUUGAACCUCACUUGCUUCAUUGAACUCUUUCAUAUCGACGCACUUCUGGUUCAUGCCCAGUCUUUAACCAGCUUGGUCUUUCGGAAUCACUAUAUCUCCAACAAUUUACGCCAACAUCGCCCUGUCUUGAAUGCCGAACAACUUACUAUUCUUUCAAAGUCUCAGAGUUUGCUAGAAUCACUUGAGAUAGACAUUGACCAUAGGGCCUUUCCGGAGACAUGUCUCUUGGCCCUUUGCCAGUUUCCCCGUCUGCACAGUCUCGUCCUACACACACAGACAGUUAUCCAGCCCGAUUCUAGUCACCGUCCUGGCCAGGACCCGGAUCUCAUGAGGGCCUAUGACUGUUUCACGAUACUUGUUAGGCAACGACGACCGGGACCGACCAAAUGGCAACGCGUUGUGAUCAAUGUGGGUGGUUGGCGAGAAAGGGUUGUAAAUCCUCGGGCUGGCAGAAAACCUAGGAUAGGUCAUAGCAUGACCUACACCUACUACGGAGCAUGUGUUUCUCAGCGAUAUUUUGUCUUGGAAGAGUCAGCAUCCGGCCAGGAGGACCUGAUUUACGAAGAAUUGCCACCAAAGGAUGAGGGUUUGACUCACUUCCAUGGUAACCUUAGGACCGGGAAAAGUCUUGUGCCCCAAGCUAAAGUUGAAGAGGACUAGCGAUGAGAUACAUACAUAAUCCUCAUUCCUUCCGAAAGAAAACAAGCCACGAGGUUCCCAAUGCCUUUCCCUUUCCCCGAGAUCUCA